AUGUGUGAGGAGCCCCGUGCUCACCAGCUAGACUCUAGUUACCAUAGCCAGCCGGCGGCGGCCGUCUCCGUGCCGGACGACUAUGGCGUCAUGGGCGGGCACACGCGGCGCUCGCGGCCCGGCCAGCCGGCCGCCUCCGCCGCCGACCUGGCUCGGAACAAGAAAACACAAACAUCCGAUCAUCAGUACCACAAGGAAAUCCAGAGCGACCAGUCUGCUAUGAAACGUUUAUUUGUCACAAGAGAAAAACAUCGGUCAGGUGAGGGCGGUAUUGGCAUGAAGCUUGUUGGUGGAAAAUUAACUCCAAGUGGCGAAACUGGAGCAUUUGUUGGGAAAAUAUUUAAAGGGGGAGUGAUGGACAAUCUUGGACAGCUAAAAGAAGGUGAUGAAAUUGUUGAAUGGAACGGCACUUGCCUGCGUGGUAAAACAUAUGAAGAAGUUCAAAAAAUUCUCAGCGAAUCGACUGAAGAGAUCGAGAUCCUAGCCGACUGUAACCCGCGGCGUCAGACGGAGCGCUCGCCGCCGGCGCGGUCUGGCGGCGGGGCCGGGAGGAGCGGCGACCGGGCGCCGGUCAACGGCAGUCCGCCGACCGGCUCAUGGGCCGACUCCGGCCGCCAGCAGCGCAGCCGGCGGUCGGCGGACGGCAGCAGCCGGCGCCGCCGCCCCCCGGCCAGCCGCGCCAACACCACCCACUCCGGCGAGCACAACGGUCCGCUGACGCACCACCGGACCGGCAACGGCAACGUGGCAGACGAGGAGGAUCGGCGCGAGAACAACUCCAGCAUCGAUCCGAUGGACAGUGUGAGCAACUGCGGUCGGCCGGCGGUGGGCGAAUCCAUCCAGCGACACCCAGCACCCGACUCCGGCCGGCCUGGGUCCGGCACAGCCGCCGCCAAACGGCCCAGCAUCAUACGGCACCUGCCACCAAACAUAUCACUUGGUCAGAUCCAGCUCCAGAUGUGUCACGACGUGGCGGCUCACAUUCUCUACGUGAGCGUGUUACGGGCCAAGAACCUGAAGACCCGAAGGCCGAACGGAGACACACGACCGGACCCGUUCGUUGAAGUUAUCCUUCUGCCAGAUAACAGCACAACAUCGGAGAAUGUGCGGACGACGCGUCACUUUUCGUACGAGUCGGUGCCGGAGUGGAACCAGACGAUGGUGUACCCCAAGGUGCAGCUGGACACGCUGCGUCUCUCCAGUCUGCAGGUCUGCGUGUGGAACCACGACGCCUACAAGGGCAACGAGCACCUGGGACAGGUGUCCAUCGAUCUGGCAGAUCCGCACAGUGUGGACGAGCAGGCUCACUGGUACCAGCUGCAGCCAAUAGAUGGCAGUGGAGGUCGAAAGUCGGAGCGCCGCCGCUCGGACCGACAUUUCCUACCCAGAAAGUCGCGGGCGAAGCGUCCUGAUGUCCUGCCUAUGGACACUGAGCAAGGAGCGACACAACGACAGACCAAGUACAUCUUUGCCACCUCGGGUCUGUCUGCCACCUCUAUGCUGCCGGGACGGUGUCAUGACAACAUGUGCUCCAUCGUCUGACCCGGUCCCGUCAGCGACAAUCGGCGGACCGCGGCUCUGCUACACCCGCACCAUGGCUGAACGGAGCUCCAUGGGCUCCGGGCCCCGGGUCAACAGCUCGCUAGGUCAAUUCGUUCAGUACGAUCAUGGAACCACAGCUCUGCAGUCAUAUAACCAGAGCGGAACAGUCAUAUCACCUCUUGUGAUGCAUGCCCGACAGUGGCAGGAUCGUGCAAAUAAGCCAACAGCUAUCAGUCCAGCUUAGCUGGCUCAGGAAGCUGAAGGCUCACCUCGCUCAGGUCAGCUCGGUCUCGUUAAACUCGACUCAGCUGGCUCAGUUCACUCUGACUCAGUGAGUCGAGCUCAGCUCAGCUGACUCAGUCUGUCGCGGUGUAAGCCGUGUUCCUCGUAACUACCGCGAUAUAGUGUUCCAGAGAAUACCUGACAGAGGAAGACUUGGAUGAGUCCGUAUCAGAGUUCCUUGAUUGGGGAAGUGCCGUUCCACAUUCACGAAAAACAAAUUUUAUGGGUAUGUAGUAAAUGGGCGGGCAAGCCCGCCCAGUUACUACGUUCCGAGGUUAAGGAAGCAUGAUGUAAGGAUAAUUAUAUGGGUAUCAGCAAUGUUUGAUAACACAUUGCAGCCAAGUAAUUUCCAUAACUUGCCGCUGCCCGCUAUCACUGAAUAGUUUUGGAAUGCAACAUCGAAGUUCAUACCUUGUCCAAAAGCUACGAUAGAUAGGUAUGUAAUAAAAAAGGUAUUGGUAAAUAUACAAAAACAAGCAAUUAACAUGUCAAAAUUUCAUUUGAGAUUGGCCUAAAAUAACAUUAACAAUAUAUCCAGCAUACAAAUGAAUAUUUAGCAAACCUUCAGCGUUAAAAAGAAGCGUAUUAAUAACCAGUUUCACAGUUUCACAGUAAUAACCAGUGACAGUUUCACCAGCCACGAGAAACGUAAGUUCCAACAACAAAUUGUGAUGAAGAUAGCUGCAAGAUGUGUCCAUACUGCCACUCCUAACCCGUUUGUAGCCGAUGUCUCAGUGUAGCUAGCAUUCAGCUGACCGAAGUCAGCUGAUCGGUUUACGAUAACUCCUCUUAUUAUCUCUUGUCCCGUCAUGUACGUACACGUACAGUGUGAAUGUAUACGCAUUAACCAGCCGUUUGUGCUGCUGCUAUUAGAUAGACGUCUUCUGAUAUCCGAUCUUCACUUCUCAAUGUCUAUAAAAUCAAACACGUUUUACCAAGAAAUGUUUUUGACAUUUUACGUUUUUGUGUUGCACAAAUAGUGCUUAAUCAUGUACUGUCAUUAGAUGACGGUGGAAUUGGUGCAUUUAGUCAUGUCGAAGGUGAAGUGUUCACGUAUUUUAGUGAUAUGUAUGUUCGGCGGCUCACUUCUGGUUAAGGUUGAUCGUGCAGUACGGCCAAUGUGAUUUUAAUCAUAUCGUCGCGCGAAAAUGUGUCAUACAAUGUACAUAACCAUGGUGGAUUACGAGCGUCUGUGGCGGGAGAGCCAUUUCCCUUCGGCUAUCCCAGCUCCAUGUAGCGAGUGGUGUAACGUCUCGUGCUGCAUGACACGCUGUGUGCCGUAACAAACGGCACCGAUUUUCGUGUUAAUUAAUUACCUGUCGCGUGCUGACGUCUUACAGGUCUGUGCCGUAUGUUAUAUCCGUUCACACGUCAUGAAGCAGUGUUGUUGGUUGUUUCGACUGCGGGCGUCUUUAUCGAUUAUUUAGCGGUCUGUUUUCUACAGUUGGCUUCCGUGCAGAGGUGGCUGGGCACUGCGCGGUGCGCGGGCGGCCGGCGCCGCUCCCAGGCGGGCUGCCACCGGGCGUUGGCACGCCGCUGUCUGUGUAGUGUACCGUUCGCUAGGCCGGUAGAUGUCUCUGUCAGUGCCUGGUGGUCAGCAAAGUGCUUUCACGAACAAUACACACAUCA